GGUGGUACUUUUAUCAAGGUCGGAGAUUCCACUGAAUACUUUGGUGGGGAUUUCAAGACUGUGUAUGACUUAGACAUUGAUAGGUUUGGAUACUUUGAUUUGGUAGAAGAAGUAGAGAAGCUGGGGGUUAAGGAGUUUGAUAAAAUUAUGUAUCAAGUACCUAAGAAGCUGGGAUAUGCUGGUAUGAAAGAGAUAGUGGAUAACAGUGGUGUUAUGGAGAUGAUCAACAUUGGCACUAAGUUUAGAACUAUAAUAGAAGUUUAUGUGGUUGAGAGUAACCCUAAGGAUGAUGGUGAUGGAGCUAAUGUUGUUGAUAAUGCAUCUGAAGGGAGUAAUUCUGCAAACAGAUUGGCAGAUGAUGAUGAUGAUGAUGAAGAUGAUGAUGAUGAUGAUGAUGCAAAUGAUGGAGAUAAAACAGGUGGAGGUGGAGUGUUACCAGCAUGUGAAUCUUUAGGUGUUGCUAUGUGCUCUGAUGAGGAUAUAGCCAGACAAAAUUUGAGGAAUUGUAAAAACAAGAUGGUUGAAGAAGAUGGUGGAGCAAAAAAUACUUUCCCAGAUUGUCUGCAUGAAAUGGACUUGGAUGGGUGUGAAAUGCUACAGCAUGCUCUCAUGUCUGAGGAGUCAGGUAGUGAAAUGGAGAUGGAUGAUGAAGGAAAUUGCAUUAAUAGGAAAAUGAAAAUAAUUUAUGAUCCUAGGUGUGAUCAUAAUGCUCUUCAAUUUGAGCUUGGUAUGAGAUUUGAGAGUGUUGACCAAUGCAAGAGAGCGUUGAAAAAGGUGGCCGUUGUUUAA